AUGAUGUGCCUCUCUCGAGAUGCAGCUGGAAACAUAAGCAUUCAGUUUCUGGGCACAGUGUACAAGUUACGCAUACUGACCAAGCUUGCUGCAGAGUUGAGUAAAUACAUGCCAGAGAAAGCAGUGGAGGAUACAACCAGUAUUUUGAGAUCACCGAUGCCUGGAGUAGUGGUGGCAGUUUCUGUAAAGCCUGCGGACUUGGUCUCAGAAGGGCAGGAGGUUUGUGUAAUUGAAGCUAUGAAAAUGCAGAACAGUAUGAUUGCUGCUAAAACUGGCAAGGCCACCAGUAAGAACUUGCGUGGAUCUUGGCAGCAUGCUGGUAACCCAUCAUGUAAUCUUUGAUGAGGAACAAGCCCUAUAGAAGAUGGACUGACAAGUCAUUUGGAGAGCAGAACCAAGGCUUGUUGAGCUACACAGAGCUCACUAUCCUUGAUUUUCCUGGUCACCAGAGCUGAAAUGGAAAAAAAGCAGAUACCUUUUCAUGUAAUUAGUCAAACUAACUUCCAUGUGCGUGUUUGUUUUCCUCUCAAUAUCCAGAGCACAAAAUAUCCAACUUUUUGCUGUUUGAUGCACGUAAGCCAAACUAGGAAGGCCCCUCUCAUUGAGGGAAACUGACUGAAGCACUGAAAAUUGACUGUCCAGAUUUCGUUCCCCUGGAGAGGGUCCUGGGAAUCAAUAAGAUAACCUGGGAGCUGAGCUUGUCAUAUAUACAGCAUGCCAAAACUGAAAAAUCCUCCAAAGGAGGAUUGUAAAUGGUUUCUGUUCUCAACUGUGAAUUUCACAUUGUUGAUCAAUACAAAUGACCAUAAUGCAGCUUGUAGUGUUAUUGUAGCCAUGUUCAUCCAAGGAUAGUAGAGAGACAAGUGGAUGAGGUAAUA